GCUUGUCAGGAAGAAAGAGCUGCUGUGUUGAGGCCGAAAGCUCAGACGGGCACAAGACAUGGACGAUUUUAUUGGAAUACCUUAAAUAAAGGUCUUUGAAGUCUGUCGGGAACUCUGAGAUUUUGAACCAGCCGAGCUUCAGCGGAGCGACCGAGUGUUAGACGAGGCCGUCGGGGCUGUUUCUCCGACUGUGCGUCGCUGCCCGCUGCGCUCACUAAUCCAAAGCCGCCGCUGUUUUAAUGAGACUGAAGCUGCUGUGUGGCGCCGCAGCCACAUACCGUGUGAGAUUAAGUCUUUAUUUAGCCUGAAGCAAACGGAGCGGCUCGUAUGUUGGCGGUGGUAGCCAGGGCUAACAGCCGAGGCUGCCGGACCUGAUAAACAUCCCUAUAAAAUCCCAACUUCAUGGCCCGAGUCAGCGGCGGACCGCGGGCUCGUUUUGCGGCAGAAGAACUGUUAUGACCGAGCUGCAGGCGCAGAUCUGCCCUUAAAAUAGCGUUGGCUUCGUUGCUGGGUACUGAUUUGAUCAGGGGGUCAGAAAAGAAGCAGCUGGAGGCUUUCUGCAUCAGUGCCAUGAAUCAGCCCGGACAACAACUGCUACCCACAUAGAGGUCACUUUGCCUCUCUUUCUAUUUGCUUUGGUCCAGAGGAUGCUGGGAAUGUGUCGCGGGCGCAGGAAGUUCCUGGCAGCCUCCCUUGCCCUGCUCUUCAUCCCAGCUCUUACCUGGCUUUACCUGUCAGUCGGGAGCUUUCAAGUGAAGCCCCUCCCCCUUUCACCAUUGGAUGCCCUGUCAUCGACACCGGUGGGUGGAGCUGGUGAACGGCAGGCCUUAGAGCUGCGGGUUCGAGUGGUGGAGGAAGAGAACCGGGCGCUACGCCGGGAGCUCAGCCGCCCACCCAGGAGCCCGUCUGCACGCCUUCCGAGCAGCGAUCACCGUGGCAACCAAAGCCGAACACAUUCAGAGGAAGGCACAGGUGACAAUGAGAGCCAGAAAGCUGUGGCAGUGGGAAACAGCUCAGACUGCAUCCGGCAGCCUGUGGUGGAUAAGUGUGAGACCAUCCACGUGGCCAUUGUGUGCGCAGGUUACAACGCAAGUCGAGACGUGGUGACGCUGGUUAAAUCUGUCCUCUUCCACAGGCGGAAUCCCCUUCAUUUCCAUUUCAUCACAGACUCCAUUGCUCAGCAGAUCCUGUCCUCUUUGUUCCACACGUGGAUGGUUCCUGCUGUCAGGGUGAACUUCUACGAUGCAGAUGAACUGAAGUCUGAAGUGUCAUGGAUCCCUAACAAACAUUAUUCGGGGAUCUAUGGGCUAAUGAAACUGGUCCUCACCAAGACACUGCCAUCAGAUCUGCAGAGAGUCAUCGUUCUGGACACAGACAUCACCUUUGCCACUGACAUCGCUGAACUCUGGGCCGUCUUCCACAAGUUCAAAGGUCAGCAGGUUCUAGGUCUGGUAGAGAAUCAGAGUGACUGGUACCUGGGGAACCUGUGGAAGAACCAUCGACCCUGGCCAGCACUGGGCAGAGGCUUUAACACUGGGGUUAUUUUGCUUCUCCUGGAUCGUCUACGGAAGCUCAGAUGGGAGCAGAUGUGGAGGUUGACUGCAGAAAGAGAACUAAUGAGUAUGCUGUCCACUUCCUUGGCAGACCAGGAUAUCUUUAACGCAGUGAUCAAACAAAACCCGUUCCUGGUUCACCAGCUACCUUGUUUCUGGAACGUCCAGCUGUCUGACCACACCCGUUCUGAGAAGUGCUACAAAGAUGUAUCAGACCUAAAGGUGAUCCACUGGAACUCUCCAAAGAAGUUGCGAGUAAAGAACAAGCACGUGGAAUUCUUCCGGAAUCUCUAUCUUACCUUUCUGGAGUAUGAUGGCAACCUCCUGCGACGAGAGCUGUUUGGCUGUCCUAGUGAGGCUGACCACAACAGUGAGAAUCUCCAGAAGACCCUGUCAGAGCUGGAUGAAGAUGAUCCAUGCUAUGAGUUUCGUCGAGAGCGAUUCACUGUUCAUCGAACACACCUCUACUUCCUGCACUAUGAGUAUGAACCCAGCUCUGACAACACGGAUGUCACUCUUGUUGCUCAGCUCUCUAUGGACAGGCUCCAGAUGUUGGAGGCCAUCUGUAAGCACUGGGAAGGCCCCAUCAGCCUCGCCCUGUACCUGUCAGAUGCCGAAGCCCAGCAGUUCCUUCGCUACGCUCAGGGCUCUGAGGUGCUGAUGAGUCGUGGGAAUGUAGGUUACCACAUCGUCUACAAGGAGGGUCAGUUCUACCCAGUCAACCUGCUACGAAAUGUGGCCAUGCGACAGGUCAACACACCUUACAUGUUCUUAUCAGACAUUGACUUCCUGCCUAUGUACAGCCUCUACGAGUAUCUCAGGAAGUCUGUGGUGCAGCUGGACAUGGCCAAUACCAAGAAAGCUCUGGUGGUUCCAGCCUUUGAGACGUUGCGAUAUCGACUGUCCUACCCGAAAUCUAAGGCUGAGCUGCUGUCUCAGCUGGACAUGGGCACACUCUUCACCUUCAGAUAUCAUGUGUGGACUAAAGGUCAUGCACCAACUAACUUUGCCAAAUGGCGGACAGCCACCACUCCCUACAGAGUGCAGUGGGAGGCUGACUUUGAGCCCUAUGUCAUGGUGAGGAGGGACAGUCCUGAGUAUGACCGCCGCUUUGUGGGCUUUGGCUGGAAUAAGGUGGCUCACAUCAUGGAGCUGGAUGCACAGGAGUACGAAUUUGUGGUUCUGCCCAAUGCCUUCAUGAUCCAUAUGCCUCACGCGCCCAGCUUUGACAUCACCAAGUUCCGCUCUAAUAAGCAGUACCGGGUCUGCCUUAAGACCUUGAAGGAGGAGUUCCAGCAGAACAUGUCACGGCGGUACGGUUUUGCCGCCCUUAAGUACAUGACAGCUGAAAACAACAGCUAGCCACCACUGCAGACCCUCACACCCCCACCUCUGAACUACUGACAUGCUCCACAGGCUGUGGCAGAGGGGAACACACUGAAGCCUAUGUGGGGCCAUGGGGAUACUUUGAGACUUGAGUCCCUCAGACUUUGUUAGAACAUCUGACCCUGAGUGUGACACUGCAAGGGUUUUAUGUCCAUAUUUUGUCAUCUGUUUUG